UUAUAUUAAAAAAAAAAGAAAGUUAAUUGCCCCCUUUUACCUAUGAGAGUCAGUGUGGUCCGGACAUCUUCUUCUUCUCAGCAUUAGACACGACGGACAUUCUUGUUUCCGACUAAGAAUCUCGAGGUGCUUUUUCGUCCGAUUGCAAUCUAGCCUCCAUUCCAUCUAAUGUGCAAGAACCAAAGUCGAUUUAAAGAGUUGUAAAUUUGUUACAGUAUUAGCGGUUAGUGCGGUAGUUAGUUAGGCGAAUAAGAAGAAUGACAACAACAACAACAAGUGGGUCUAAUUCCAAUCACAACAACCGCCACGAGGAAGGUUCUGUAACCAACAACAAGAAUAACAAUAACAACCCUAGUACGAGGUCUUGGGGAACGGUGGUUUCAGCUCAAUCGGUAUCCACUAGCGGCGGCAGUAUGGGCUCUCCCUCUAGCCGGAGCGAGCAGGCCACCACAACCACCUUGGCUACUACUACAACAUCUGCUACCGACAGUGCCUUUCUACAGCUCAAUAAUUUGGAUAUUCAGGGUGACGAUGCUGCUUCUCAAGGACCUUCUGGCAGUGGUAAGAAGAAGAAGAGUAGACAGCGUGCUACUGGUCCAGAUAAAACUGGAAGGGGCCUACGUCAAUUUAGCAUGAAAGUUUGUGAAAAGGUGGAAAGCAAAGGAAGGACUACUUACAACGAGGUUGCGGACGAGCUUGUUGCUGAAUUUGCACUCCCAAAUAACGAUGGUACACCCCCUGAUCAGCAACAAUAUGAUGAGAAGAACAUAAGAAGAAGAGUAUACGAUGCUCUAAACGUCCUCAUGGCUAUGGAUAUAAUAUCCAAAGAUAAAAAAGAGAUUCAGUGGAGAGGUCUUCCUCGGACAAGCUUAAGCGACAUUGAAGAAUUAAAGGCUGAAAGACUCUCAGUUAGGAACAGAAUUGAAAAGAAAAUUGCCUACGCGCAAGAGCUGGAAGAACAAUAUGUAGGCCUUCAGAAUCUGAUACGGAGAAACGAACACUUAUAUAGCUCUGGAAACCCUCCUAGUGGCGGUGUUGCUCUUCCCUUUAUCCUCGUCCAGACACGUCCUCAUGCGACCGUAGAAGUGGAAAUAUCAGAAGAUAUGCAGCUCGUGCAUUUCGAUUUCAACAGCACUCCAUUCGAGCUCCACGACGACAACUUUGUCCUCAAGACGAUGAAGUUUUGCGAGCAGCCGCCAUUUAACAACGGGACUCACAAUAACAGCCAACAACAAACUUCUCACAGUUUCUUACUUGAAAACAAUAACGAAGGCACUGGUACCGAUCCAGCGCCGCCUCAGCCUGCGGAUGCGUCUCAUCCUCAGCUACCACAACAUCAGCUGCAUUCUCAGCCACACGUCACUCCUACGCAUGUGACUAACAACGACGUUGCUCAGGCGACAUCACCGCCUGUCUCGGUGAAGCCGGAGAACUAAAACACAGUCAUUGUACAAUAUCUGUAAAAGUAGUUAAAAAAAACUACCUGUUUUUUUUUUUUACUAAAUGCUUAGCGGUAAAUUUGUGCUGAUGGUGUACCGGUUUGGUAAUACCAAAAUCUAUGAUUACUUUCUAUACCAGUUAGGUUUUGCGAAA